CAGACGGGAAGUGGUUGCUAUAAAAGGCUCCACGCGUAGCUGCAUGCUGACAGGUACCAAACACACAGCCAGGGAAGGGUCGAGCACCAGGGAGUCAAUCAACAGAUCGCUCCACAAGGAAAAGGCACAGGUGCUUCCUCUCCACGGUGGCAGGCAUGAAGCUAAUCCCAGGCAACAUUGCAAAGGGACUGGAAGAGAUGGUGCUGUUGACGGCUCAGAAUUUGCCUCAGGUGGAGGUGGCAAAAAGUUACACCAUUCUUCGAGAGCUGGGCAGUGGCUCCUAUGGGCAUGUGCUGAUGGCAGUCCACCAGCGCCAAGGGACACCCAUGGCGCUGAAAUUUGUGCAUAAGAAAGAUACGGAACUACAGGAUUUCCUAAGUGAAUACUGCAUUGCUCUGACCUUGGGGGCUCACCCCUGCAUUGCCACAGCCCUUGGAAUUGCCUUCCAGACCCCCCAUCAUUACGUCUUUGCACAGGAGCUGGCCUUGGCCAAUGACCUCUUCUCUCUCAUGGUGCCGCAGGUUGGCGUGCCGGAGCAGCGGGUGAAGCGCUGCACCCUUCAACUUGCCAGUGCCCUAGAGUACAUGGAAACCAAAGGCCUGGUCCACCGGGACAUAAAGCCCGAGAAUGUGCUGCUUUGUGACCCUGAAUGCCGGCGCAUCAAACUGACUGACUUUGGGUUGAGCUGCCCACGAGGCUGUGCCAUCGAGGCCUUGCCUGAAAGCCUGCCCUACACAGCGCCCGAGUUGUGUAGCCUAGGCCCAAAAGCCCGCCUAGAGGCUCAGCCUAGCCUUGACACCUGGGCUCUGGGAGUGCUGCUCUUCUGCGUGCUCACUGGCUACUUCCCCUGGCUCACAGCUUGCCCCACCGACCGGCAUUACCAUGGCUUUGUCUGCUGGCAUCGGAGCCCACGCUUUGCCCCACGCCCACCCCACUGGGGACGCUUCACCCCACAAGCACUGGAGAUGUUGAAAGGGCUGUUGAUGCCUAACCCAGCCCACCGAAGCCCUGCCAAGGAGGUCAUGAAUUAUAUCAAGGCACCUUGGUUGCUACCACAGACCCUGAGCCAUGCCCGGCCCAGCAGGGAACUUCUCGGCACUAGCCGGCGGUGCUAGGGAACCAGAUUCACCAUGUGGAGAAGGGAGGGGUGGCACCAAUCCCAUACUCCCACCUUAGCCACUGAGGGACCAAAGACACCCAUCACCAAACCAGACAACUCAUCAACCUCAGGAAUGAGGAGAGACCAGUCCAGCCAGGGAAACGGGAGGCGGGGAGGGGACCUGUCAACCUCAAAUAACACAGCAAGCUGCCAGUGGGGCGAGGAAGAACAAAGUGAUUUUUAGGACCAUUCCUUCAUAUUUGACUCCAUCUUAGGAAGAUCGUUCUCUGGUCCCUCGUCCCAGCUCUACAUGCAAAAUCCAAUGGACUUGAUUCCAGCCUUUCAUUGGUUGGUAGCUGGCCAUCUCAUCCGUGAAACUCUCAUCUCAUGGAAAGAAGCCAAAUCGACUUAACUUAAUUGGCCCCAAAGCCUUGGUAGCUUGGGUCGACUAAAAUUGCAUCUGGAUGACUAGGUUGGAAACAAAUAACACUAGUUCCUGCAACUACAAUCAUCAGACUUACAAAAUUUCUUCUGUAUUGUUACAAGCCACCCAUCCAGUUAUUCAAAGUCUGCCUAUGCUUGCCAGACGUUGGCCACUGACAACGGAUACCAACAGGCAAUUCUGCAGCUCUUUGUCCAGAGCCACCUUGAAAUGUCCCGAGUCAUAUCUAACUGCUUUGCCAGUGAAGAAUGGUGGCAAGGGCAGCUGCAAGGAGCAAUUUGGUUGGGGCUGGCAGAGCUGCCGAGAGGUUUCUGGAGACAAGGCUGAUGUGCGGUCUGUGAUUGGAGUUGCUGUGAAUCUAGCACUGCCUACCUGUGCGCUUGCUGAGAUGCUGCUGUAAUACCUGCUCAACUUGUACAUUUGUAAAUAAAUAGAUUGUUAUUGAGACACCA